AUGUCCAGCGCACUCGAGACCAGACACCCAACGAUUCGCUCGGCUGACGGCACUCAGAUUUGGGCAGCUUCGGCAGGACGAUCCGCGAAAGAUGCACCCGUCAUUGUCUUUGUUCCCGGGUUUUCAAGCUCAAGUUUGACGUUCAGAAAGCAAUUCCAGGAUGAAAGCCUUCUGGCAAAAUAUUGCUUGAUUACCUACGAGCCUCGAGGGCAAGGUCGGUCGGGCCAGCCGUUGGAAAAGGCGGCAUAUUCGUCAGAGCGCAAUGCUGAGGACUUUAAGGCUGUAUGCGAGACGUUCGGGGCUACGAAAGUGGUACUCGCAGGAUGGAGCUACGGUGGCAUUAUCCCAGUGGAUGUUUUUGCGCACCUGGGGCCCGACUGGAUAAGUGGCAUAAUCUACCUCUCAGGUCUCCCCUGGCGGUCUGCUCACCCUGAAAUCGGCCAUCCUUUCGCCUUCGAGGCACUUGGGCCGCUCAUACAGCCUGAUGCCGCCGGCAUCGCCACGAGCCUCGAAGUCGUACUCGACAGCUGCUUCUACCCGCCCAACCGAGAUACCAUGACAUACACGGAGCACACUGCGCUUGCGGGGGCAAUAGGGCAGCAGCAUCCAGUGGCUCGGACGCUCUUGCUGACCGCCCGGGACCAGGAUCCAACUAAGCUACUGGAUCACGCGACCACAAUGCCAGUGUUGCUGAUCAUCGGCGAACAUGACCGACAGAUAUUGUGGGAGAAUGUAGACGCAUUGCUGAAACGACACUUUGUCCGGUACGAGGUCUUGCUCGUCAAGGACGCCGGUCACACGGCGUUUUGGGAGAGGCCCGUCGAAACGAAUGUGGCGAUCCAAGCUUUUGUUGAUGAACUGUGA